UAGCAACAUUCCAUAUCAGUUUGGUUUACGCAAGCGCGUCAACUCGACGCUUGUCCGCGCACUCAAACAGCUGUUCGGCCUUGAGUUAAUAAACACAAUCCAAACAAACGAAACAACAUGGACUUUAGCGACAAAGUGUUCCUAAUUACCGGGGCCAGCUCCGGCCUUGGGGCCGCAACAGCCAUUUAUUUAUCAAAACUGUCAGCAAAACUCGCCCUGGUCGGCCGCAAAGAAACAAACCUCAGAAGAAUAGCUCUAUACUGCGAGAAAAGUAAAGGAAUAAAACCUCUUACAAUUACCGCCGACGUCACAGAAGACCUUGAUGCUGAAAGAAUAAUAAAUGAAACAAUAGAACACUUUGGAAAACUAGACGUUUUAGUGAACAACGCCGGAGUUAUCGGAAUGGGAGGCAUCAAGAAUUCGUCAAUGGAAACUUAUGAUAAAGUUAUGAACACAAACAUGAGAUCUGUGUACCAUUUGACGAUGCUCGCGACACCGCAUCUCAUUCAGAGCAAGGGUUGUAUUGUAAACACUUCCUGCAUUUCAAGUUCAAAGCCCAGUACGAUGGCCUUAGCCUACAACAUAUCGAAGGCCGCAUUAGAUCACUUCACUAAAUGUGUUGCGUUAGAGUUAGCGCCAGAUGGCGUUAGGGUCAACUCAGUGAACCCAGGAUUUGUGAAAACUAACCUGCUGAAAGGUAUUGGAUUGAGCGAGGAACAACUGGCUUUGUUUGUCGCCAAUGUGGUCGGCAACAUGCCUCUGAAGAAAGCAGUGGAAGGCGAUGAAGUUGCCGCCCUGAUUGCGUUCUUGGCCAGUGAUAAAGCAAAGAGUAUUACUGGUUCAUCUUACAUUAUAGAUGGCGGUAGCUUAUUACGCUAGAAAUGUAAUUUAAUUGAAUCAAUUUAUACUGAAAACUUGUAAUGUAUUAAUUUACUAGAUUAUUGGUAAAUGCCGCAUUUAAUCAUGUCUCGUAUUUAAACCUAUUUCUAUUGUAACUAGGUUUAUUUUGUAACCUAUCUCGAUGUCAUAAGUAACUCCCAAUUCAUUAUUAAAAUAAUGAACUCCAAUGUAAUCUCUGAGAUUAUUGCUUAUGUUAUAAUGCCUAGUCAAAAUGCCUAUCGUUAUACAAAUCUAUUUUAAGUAUAUUUAACUUAACAUUGUAUAAAAAUAUAUUCUUGUUAUGAUUUAUUAAUAAAUAAAAAAGUAUUUUAGAAAUGUUUAAUAAAGUUUUAAUUUCAACCCA